AAGCCAAAGUAAGGCUUUUAUUGAUCAUCACUACAUCGAGCUCUGUGUUGUUGAUUUCAUACAUAUCAAUCGCUAAUCCUAGCCUAGAGGUGGAUGAUGGUUACAAGAGCAUAGAACUUUCUAUCCUUUACCAUAAUAUUGACAAAAGUGUCAACAUAGAGUAGCUAGCUUAGGGAUUGCAUUGUCCUAAUUAACAAAUUCUUUAACCUACUAGUUCAAAAGCAUGCAUGCUUUGGGGAUCUUGAUGGCCACUAAUCACUAUUCCUUGAUUAAGUCAUGAAUGCACGUGUAUAAAUUGUAGACAAUUAACCAUACCUAGCUAUAAAUCACUCAUCUAUCUAGUUCAUUUUUUUAAAGAUAAAUAUGGUUGACGGUAAGGUUCAAAUUUACUGUGUUAAGAAUGUGAUCAUCUUCACAUUAUUCGUAGACCAACCAACCACACGCGGUUAUCAUGCAUACAAUCACAACAAUCUUUUUAUAGGGUGUUUAUAUUUUUCAACCUAUAACUCUUUCGAAAUGGGACUAUUGAAGCUAAUAAAUGCUUUGCUAACCAAAGCUUGUGUUUGCUUGUCAGCCAGAAUCGGAUUAAUGGCUGCUUAUCUAUCUAUAGAUAGGUCAUUAGUAAAAUUCUUGAGCUUCUUAUUUUGAUGUUUACCAAAAUACCAAGGGACCAAACUCAAAAUGCCCAUUUGGACACGCCGUUUUUAACAUUGGAUUCACCCGAUUAAGAGUGUUGUUGCAUUGAGGGUUUUUUUUUACCUUUUUAUCUCGUAAGUUAUGAUAUAAUAUCAAUAAUUAAACUUUUUUCAAUAUUAUGAAUUGUUGGAAUGAACAGAAUGUAAUUUCAAAAGCUUCAAAUUUGAGGCAAGCCUAGCCAUUUGGCCUAUUAAUGAAUGACACCUACAUGUCUUUACUAGUCCUACAUAAUCCAAUCGACUUAAACAAAAGAAGCACAAAUCCCCAAUUAACUCAAAACAAUAGAAAAUUGAGGAGAAAGGGGGGAAAUUAACACUAUUUAUCAUUUUUAAACUCCAAGGGGAAUUAAAUGAAAACAUUGGGGUUGACGCAUAUUGUUUCCUCCAAAGUCAAUAGUUCCCCAUUAGAAGGUCCCUUGGUAAACAUCAUUGGAAAGUCAUCUCCCCAUCCUAAACCCAAACCCCACAUUUUCAUUAACAACAAUAAACAUAUAAUAAUCUAAUUAGUGAGUGUACUUCUAGUCUUUGUACUUUGUAGUCUCGACCAAAAAAGUCCUUAUACUAUUCUAUUUAUUCAUUUUCGUAAGAAAUUUUAACAGAAUAAGCUAUAAAUUGGAUCCGUCUAACCGUAAUAAACACAGCUCAAAUGACUUAUAUGCCACAUAAAAUGGUAAUUGCCGACUUGCCCCUCAUUCUGACACCCAAAAUCUCACAUUUCUUUUCGUUCUUGUUAUGCAUAAGUCGUUCUGAGUUUUAAAAAAUAAUAAUUCACCGAUAAAUUCAAAUAGAGACCCACAAAAUGAAUUCCAAUUAUACAAGAAACAUUAUGAAUAGAUUAUUCGAUAAACAUAAAGAUAUGACACAAGGACUAUUUAGUAAUAGAACUUGAAACACAAUGAAAGAUCCCAACUGCAUUCACAUCUAUGAUCUAGCAGUUCUUACACUUAACCCCACAUGAUUUUGCCAAGUUUGAGCUGCCUUCCUGCCACACUAUCUGUCUCUGGCCUCCUCCCCAUUUAUUUUACCUCCUUUCAUUCAAUUCAACCUCUUCCCUCUCCCCUCCAACAUUUUGACCUGCCCUUUACUCCACUUCACUUCAUCACAGUAAAAAAAUAGGAAAGCAGGAACCUUUUUACCUUUCUACCCUCUUCCCACUUCCCAAAUUCUCAUCCCCCACAAACCCACAUGACACCUCCACAUUAACUCCUGCCAUUCUUGGCCUUCUCUUCACUCUCUAAUAUUAGCUUAGUAAACCUUCAACCUUUGCAUCACUUCCUUCUUCUUCUACAGACUACAGCAUCCCAUCUACCAAAACUUCAGUCCCUUUUCCAUAGCUUUACACCCAAAUCCAUGAUUUGAGAAAUGGGAUUCUGAUUCCCUUUCCCACAUCACACUUAGAUUCUCACUAAAAAGCUUCAACCUUUAUGACUGACUUCCUCUGCUAUUUUCAAUCUCAUCUUCUACCAACAAAGCUUUGAUUCACUCCUUCCCCAAGGCUUUGUACCCUUAAACCAUGGACUGGGUUUCCUUCCAAAACAAAGAAAGCUCCAUUCUUUCCACUACCCAAUUCCCGCAACCGCCGCCCCCGCCGACACUCGCCGGCGGCGGCGUGUUCAACCUGGAGAACAAGGUCAGUCCGAGCAUUCUACUAAUCAUCAUAAUCCUCGCCAUUAUCUUGUUCAUCUCCGGCCUCCUCCACCUCCUGGUCCGGUUCAUGAUCCGACCCGGAUCCGUCGCCGGCCGAGGCGGCGACCGGGACUACGAGCUGGACAGCGUCACGGCGCUGCAGGGCCAAUUGCAGCAGCUGUUCCACCUCCACGACGCCGGCGUCGACCAGUCCUUCAUCGACACGCUCCCGAUCUUCCUCUACGACUCCAUCGUCGGCGGACCCCCCGACGACGAAAAGUCGGCACCUUUCGAUUGCGCCGUCUGCUUGUGUGAGUUCGCCGCCGCCGACAAGCUCCGGCUACUCCCGAAGUGCAGCCACGCAUUCCACAUGGAGUGCAUCGACACGUGGCUGCUGUCCCACUCCACCUGCCCUCUCUGCCGAUCCUCCCUCGUCGCCGACUUCUCCGCCGCUAACCACGGCGGCGGGAACGCAAGCAACAACCCCCUCAUCCCAUGUUCACCGAUCGUUCUGGUCCUCGAAUCUGGCAGCGAGAGAAGCUCGCGAGAAAUCGAAAACAGUAACACCCUCGGAAGGACUAAUUCCAUCGGCAGCGCUUGUUCGUUAGUGGGUUACCAAGGGGACAAAGAAUCGGGCUCCUGGCGGGUCGAAAUUCCACCGCCGGAGGCGGAAACCGGAUCUGGGUCGGGUGACGACCGGGUCGUCAGGGUCAAACUGGGGAAAUUCAGAAACGUGGAAGUCAGCGGAAGCGGUAGUGGCGAUGAUACUGUGAGGAGAUGCUAUUCGAUGGGAUCGUUUCAGUACGUGAUGGACGAGAGCUCUUCACUGCAAGCUCCGAUAAGGUUUUCGCCGGCGGCCGCGGGCAAGAAGCGGAACCCUGCAACAGGUCGGCCUGCAAUGUCGGUCUGCGGGUGCGAAUCGGCGAGGGAGUUCGGCCAAUUCGGUGAAGGGAACGCGAGCAUUAUACCGGCGGGGAAAGGGGGUAGAGAAAGCUUCUCGAUUUCGAAGAUUUGGACGAGAGGAGGCAAGAAGGGUGAAGGAAAACAGGGGAUUUCGGAAACAGGGGAAUUGAGUUCGAGGAGGACAGCAGUUUCUUUCAGGUUUCCGGUCAGCAGCGAAUUGGGAUUUUCCGGUGAACCGAGCUGCAGCAGUAGUGGACGCGAAUUGGGAGAUGGAAAGACGCCAUCUUUUGCUAGGAGGACUUUGCUCUGGCUUGCCGGGAAGCAGAACAAGGUGGUUCAUUCAAAUUUCACUCCAGAUGUUUAGGCAUAUGGGUUAUCAUCACUUUCAGAAGUCCUUUUCUGGUUUGGAUUUGGACUUUUCCUUUUAGCUCCCUUCGUGUAAUUCCUUGGAUUCUUUCUCGUUUUUUGUCAUUGAAAAGAUUGUGGAGUAGUGUAUCCCUAGAUUUGAGUAGUAAUAGGGAAAAAGAAUUUUAGAAGAGACAUUCAGAUUAGUACAACCAAAGCAUAGUGGAAGAUUAUAGCUUAUCUCUCUAGGAUCUACCUUAUCGAAUUUUAUGCUAGGUUCAGUCAACCCUAAAUCGGCCUUAGAAGGAAGGGUGUUUCAGGUCUCAAAUAUCAUACGAUUAAGAUAUAAUAUUUUUUCUACAACAUUUUGUUAGAUAUAUUUACUCAUUUUAAGAAAAUGUCACAUAAACGGUUAUCAUUCGAAGUAUGUACAUUUUUGUUUUCAAAGAGUGAGUUGGUUCAAUUCCAAAUUAGUGUUUAUGCAUGUAUUAGUAGUGUUUUUUUUUUAUAAAUAUAGCACACUCAAGAAUGCUAUAACUUUCAAAAAUAACACGUAUUCUUCUGAAUAAUAAUAGGACCGGUCAUCACAAAUCGAAAAUAGAGUGAUGUAAUAGAUUAUUUGAGAGUUGAACUAAUUGUGUGAUUAUAACUGUGUUGGAAUGAUUUAAAAUAGGAGAUAUACGAGUAUUGUUUAAUAGAACUUGGAUAAAAAGAAGAGUGACAAGAGAUGUUGUUGUACGAGAGAGACUAAUGUUUCGCUUUGUUCGUCGAAUAAUAUAUGCUCGAAACUGAUCAAGUCAAAUUGUCAUAAUCACUUAUUUUAGAAAUACGCCACAUAGAUUCAUAAUUAGUUAGAUGAGAUUAUAUUGAUCAGGGUUUAAGAUAGCUAAGACUGAGUUAGAACUUAGAUGGAGAGAAGAGAGGUACUUUGUGAAUUCAUUUGCUGAUAUCCUGUUGUGAUCUAUAUACCAAAGCUGGAUGCUUUCCCUCAUUCAAUUCAUCUUAACCUCUCUUUUUUCUAACUCUAGUGGUUGGGUGGGUUGUAGAAGAGAGGGAAGUGUUUAUUACUACUUUAUUUACAAUAAAAAGUUAGCCGUACUGCGUAUAAAUGAAGGUCAGGAGAAGACGAUUCAGACUUCAGAUUUCAAAUCAAUUCGUCUUCCCUUAACUACUUCAGGGAAGCUAAUUACCUUUUUAUCAUUAUUUAAGAUGAAGAUUAUAUGGAGGGGAAGAGGGCAUCCAAGGGAGACUGGGCUAGGAGUUUACGAGACUCGAACUUAACCUAAUCUCACAUUUAUUCCUGGUCUAAAUUAAUUGGGUUCAUUUCGAGUUAGAUUUAUUAACAUAGAGAGUAUGUUAGAUGAGGUGAACAAUGAAACCAAGAAGCAAAGUCGUGACAGUGGAUGUCCACAUUAUCCGCUCAUGAUUUUACUGGAUGUUUGGUCCCUAUUUCGAACUACUCCGACAAAUAAUUUAGAUUCGGAGUUUGAGCAUGCAUUUAUAUUCGGUUUCAAGAUUUUUUUUAAAUUUGUUUGCUAUGUUAUCAUUUUACAUGUCUCAAACCGAGUAGAGAUAAGAUAUUGGUCCAGUGGUAUGGUAAGCCUCUCACUUGAGUUAAGUGGAACUUGAACAUUUUGAUCACCAUGUACGGUAAUGACAAAUAAGUGUGCGUGUUGGGAUGGGUAUCUCAAUAUGCAUACUCGCUCUGAAUCAAAUGCUGGUCAGACAUGAUAAUAUCGGACAAAAUAGGUUCAAAUUGUCAUCCCUUGGCCUUUGCCAUGUAGUUUCUUUUCCUAUAUUUUAGGGUUUUGAUAGGAAGACAAUGUAUCUCAUAUUCUCAUUUAUUAUGAUCGUAGAGAAAUUGUUGAUUGCUAGAGAGCUCCAACCACGAAUGGGAGAGUGUUUGAAAAAGAUGGAUCGCACAUCCCAGGUUUCGAGUUGUUCACGCAAGAUUUGAAACUUGAAAGGAAAGAAGAAGAAAAUCUAAGCCAAACUUUUGCGACGAUGUGCCUUUCAAGUUAAUAAUGGCUCGCAUCUAACUAUAAUAAAUGAAGAAGAAGUGUUAGUCUAAUAGUCUGUCAGAAGAAGAACCACCAUGGUUAAAGGAGGUAGACCUCGAAAGAGAAAUAAGAAACUAUAUAAUAUUACCCAAAAAUAACAUGCCGUACUUAGAUCCAAUAUAUAGUGAAAAUUCACACACACUUAUAUAAUAUCAAUGUUCAAAUGUUCAACUUAAAAUUCCAAAGUUUGAGUUAUGCGAAAAGAAAAAUCGAAAAAUAGGCGCAUUUCGCAAACAAAAAAAAUAAAUGACACAAUUUGACCUCCAACCCGAUACCUUAUAGUAGUCAACCCGGCGGAUGCGUGCAAGCCGUUUUUCUCACCGGAUCAGGAUCAAAGUACGUCGACCCACGGGUCCACCCGCGGGUUGACAACCCACUGUCAUGCUUUAAAUCUUGUUAUCGUGACAACUAACCAUCAAUCCAUCUAAUUAACCAUCGAUUCAAGUUAGUACGUUAGCCAUUCUUAAUGGCUCAUGUGGGUUCAUCGUCCCUACUGAUGUUUAGCAACCAUACGGUCCCCUUUGAUAUCACGUCAGUUGGCUCUCUCUCUCUCUCUCUCUCUCUCUCUCUCUCUCUGGUCUCUGUUGGUGUAGGACUCCAUAGCUACGUACCUUGGAAGAACAUUGUCCACGUUUGAUGUCUCCAUUUGGGCCAUGCAUGAUGAUGAUGAGCUCUUCGAGCCUUUGGUGUAUGGCUUUGUCUUUGUAUUGUUUGCCAUUUAGUGGGUAGGGUUACAACCUAGGAGAUGGAGGUUGGCAGGUUGAGGAAGAUGCACAUUUUAGCUCUUUGCCUUAAGAGUCUUGUGAUAGUCAAAAGUGAUUCUUGGGUUGGAGUGCGAGGGUUUGUGCGUCCUCAUCUGAUGAUAUUACAUAUUAGUAUAUUUUUAGUUUGGAAGAAAGUUUGGAUAGACUU